UAGCCUCUGAUUAUUAGCACUGCAGCAGAUUAUGUAUGGUUCUAAACUGCGAUUUUCAACCUUGUACCUGUUUGUCAAUUUACAAUGGAGACAUUAAGAAAUGUUUCCAGCAGAGGGAGCCAGGUGGUUGGAUGAAUAUAUUAAAAUUACGGUUUCAUAUUAGAAACUAAAGAAUGUGCAGAUGCUAGUAUUAUGUUUUGCAUUGUAUUAUACAGAUGUGUUUCUGUUAUAUAGCCUACCCUCAUUGAUAUAAAUAGGUUGGACGAAAUAAUAGAAACCCCUGUUACUAUAACACAAUACAAUUCAACAGCUACGUCCUCCAAAAUUAUCAAGUUGAAUCAACACCUCAACAGUUUCAAACAAAUCUGAACAUUAUAACUUUCAUGAAGGUACUGUAGGAUUUACUGCAGGACUAUUGUAUUACACUGCAUUAGCUUUAUCUAGGUGUACCUAAUAAACUGGCAACUGCAAGUAUUUGUGUACUUGCACAAAACUUUGAUGUUAUUUUGUAAAUUUGACCUUUUUAUUUCCAGCAUUUCUUGUUCUAAACACAUCAAAUUACAGAACAAUAUGAAUAUUUGACUUUACUAAAGAUGUGUACUGAAACAGGAAGAACAUGUUACUGUUGUAAUUAUGAGAGUGGCACUAAUAUUUCUAUUGUCCUAUAUAGCCUGAGAUUGUUGGGCUGAGUGGAGCAUAUUAACGUCGCUGUUCUUCUCUAAUUAUAGCUUAAAAGUACACUGAGUAGUACAUUUCAAACUGCAAACGAGAAUUUAAAAACUUGUUUGAAUGUUGUACUAAACCUUCCCUUACUGAUUAUGUAGAACAGGCAUGUCUGGUUAUGAGUCCUGAAGCUAUAGACACAUUUAUUGUAAUAAUGUAAGCAGCAUGAUGACUUUAUUGUGAAGUUAUGGUGAGUUUAGUCGGUUCUCCUUUUUUAAGUGCUUUGGUCCAUGUCUGAACUUCUAACUUAUCCACUGGAAAAGUUUAAACUGGCACACAGAAGAAACUGUAAAAACAAACAGAAUUUGAGAUUGGGGCAGAUGUUGCUGUGUGUGUCUAUAAACAGGAUGGACGAGCAGAGGAACAUCAAAACAGAUUCCAUGCAUCCGUUCAAUCAAAUCGUACCUUUGGGAAAUGCAGCUAUUUGAAAACAGCGCAUACAUUCCAAGGUGGAAAGGAUAAUCAUAACAUCACUUCAAGCAAUGUUUGUGACCACACAAAAAGGAGCACUUGCAUUUCAGCAGGCUGACACACCUCUCUAUUUUCUUUGGGAGGAGUCAGAGAGGCUGUUAAAAUCCAUUUGACUUUAUACAGAUGCUUACGAUUAGUUAUAAGAGGAAAAGAUUACUGUGAGAUGCACUGCUAUAGGGACUUUGUCAACUAUCUCAGCUGCGGGAUGAUCCUGGCAGGACUCUGGCACUUGGUCCAUCACAGGACGACACAGACCUCCUAUGGGCGCCACAUGAGGCUCUCUUCUCCGGCUAGGACGGUCCCAGCCAGACUAGCCUGGUUCCUCCAGGAGAUGCCAGCUCUCCUGAUCCCCCUGCUUUUAAUGCUCACCUCGCACAAACCCUCCAGUAUGGGGAAGUACCUGCUGCUUGGGACCUUUUGCAUGCACUACUUUCACAGGACAUUUGUCUAUUCACUACUGACCAGAGGAAGGCCUUACCCACUGGGUGUGAUGGUGGCAGCAGGUUUAUUCUGCUCUGUAAAUGGGUUCCUACAGGGACACUACCUGCUGCACUGUGCCCACUUUCAUGAUGAAUGGUCAGCAGGCUAUCGCUAUAAAACUGGUUUACUGCUGUUUUACAUUGGAAUGGCCAUCAAUAUACAUAGUGACUAUAUUCUACACAGCCUGAGGAAACCAGGGGAAGUCAUUUACAAGAUUCCUAAAGGAGGUCUGUUUGAACACGUGUCUGGUGCCAACUACUUAGGAGAGAUAGUGGAGUGGUUUGGCUAUGCUGUAGCCACCGGGUCCCUUCCAGCACUCUCGUUUGCUGUGUUUAGCCUGUGUUUUAUUGGACCAAGAGCCUUACACCAUCACAGGUUUUACCAAGAGAAAUUCAAAGACUAUCCCAAGUUACGAAAGGCUUUGGUUCCAUUCUUCUUCUGAGAGGAAAAAGCACCUGGCUGCCAUCUUGUUAAAGGGCAGACAAUAAUUGAAACAGCAGCAGCUGAAGACAAGCACUCUCAUUGAUGUAUUUUUAAAACAGAAAUUAACAUUUCUAAAUCUGUUUGGCUUUUGCUUGCAGUCAUUGUUCAAAGCAAUUAUACAUUCAUUGUUCAACUAUUUCUAUACAAACUGCUUUGGAACAAACUUGCAUAAAUACAUUGAUACAAUCAUUUGGUGCUCAUAUUAUAUUUUGUGAUAAGAUAAAUGUUUAUUUUUUACAUAUCAUUACACUGAUUGUAACUUGGCUCAGAGAUUUCCCCCACCAUGGUCUGUCUGUCAACAUAUCAAAACAUUGCAAACAGGAAGGCAUUAAAGUGGAACAUGAAAUUGCCUUUA